AUGGCUGGACACCUGGCUUCUGAUUUUGCCUUCUCGCCCCCACCGGGAGGUGGGGGCGAUGGGACAGGAGGGCUGGAACCAGGCUGGGUGGACCCUCGCACCUGGCUGAGCCUUCAAGGUCCUCCUGGUGGGCCAGGAAUCGGGCCGGGGGUUGGACCAGGCUCAGAGGUAUGGGGGAUUUCUCCAUGUCCCCCACCGUAUGAGUUCUGUGGAGGGGUGGCAUACUGUGGACCUCAGGUUGGAGUGGGCCUAGUGCCCCAAGUCGGCCUGGAGACCUUGCAGCCUGAGGGCGAAUCAGGAGCUGGGGUAGAGAGCCACUCGGAGGGGGCCUCCCCUGGGACCUGCACUGCCCAGUCUGGUGCUGUGAAGCAGGAGAAGGAGAAGUUGGACCAAAACCCUGAGGAGUCCCAGGACAUGAAAUCUCUGCAGAAAGAACUCGAACAAUUUGCCAAGCUGCUGAAGCAGAAGAGGAUUACCCUGGGAUAUACCCAGGCCGAUGUGGGGCUCACUCUGGGGGUUCUUUUUGGAAAGGUGUUCAGCCAAACAACCAUCUGCCGUUUUGAGGCUCUGCAGCUCAGUUUCAAGAACAUGUGUAAGCUGCGUCCCCUGUUGCAGAAAUGGGUGGAGGAAGCUGAUAACAAUGAGAACCUUCAGGAGAUAUGCAAAGCGGAGACCCUUGUGCAGGCCCGAAAGAGAAAGCGAACAAGCAUCGAGAACCGCGUGAGAGGCAACUUGGAGAGCAUGUUGCAGUGCCCAAAACCCACACUGCAGCAGAUCAGCCUCAUUGCCCAGCAGCUUGGGCUGGAGAAGGAUGUGGUCCGAGUGUGGUUCUGUAAUCGGCGCCAGAAGGGCAAACGAUCAAGCAGUGACUAUUCCCAACGAGAGGAUUUUGAGGCUGCAGGGUCUCCCUUCUCAGGGGCACCUGUGUCCUUCCCUCUGGCUCCAGGGCCCCAUUUUGGUACCCCAGGCUAUGGGAGCCCUCACUUCACCACCCUCUAUUCCUCAGUCCCUUUCCCUGAGGGGGAAGCCUAUCCCCCUGUGUCUGUCACCACUCUGGGCUCUCCCAUGCAUUCAAACUGA